CUUGGGAAUUGCUGGCUUCUCACCCUGCUUCUUCUCCACCUCCUCUUUCAUCUUCGCCUCCUUUUCUCUCUCCCUCCUCUCUCUCCAGUCGUUAGGGUUUCCCUUCUUCCCAGCGGCCCCUCCGCUCUGCUACACACAGCAAAACAGCCAUGUCGUCGAAGAAACGAGUGAAAGAUGUGAAGGAGGAGAAGGGCCCCGCCGGUCCGCAGGUGCGAGAGGGCGAGAUCGUCUUCGGCGUCGCGCACAUCUUCGCGUCCUUCAACGACACCUUCGUGCACGUGACGGAUCUCUCCGGCAAGGAAACCAUGUGCCGAGUUACUGGCGGCAUGAAGGUGAAGGCCGAUCGCGACGAAUCGUCCCCAUACGCGGCUAUGCUUGCAGCGCAAGACGUGGCGAUCAAGUGCAAGGAGCUGGGCAUCACGGGGCUGCACAUCAAGCUGAGGGCCACGGGAGGCAACCGCACCAAGACGCCCGGCCCUGGAGCCCAGUCCGCCAUCCGCGCUCUCGCCCGUUCCGGCCUCAAGAUUGGCCGCAUUGAGGAUGUGACCCCCAUUCCCACGGACAGCACUCGCAAAAAAGGUGGUCGCCGUGGUCGCCGUCUGUAAACCUUUGUGUGUCUCUCCAGCACCUCUUGCUGUGCUCCGCCCGAUGCUUUUAGAAUAUUGCUCUAGCAGCAGCAGCACCUCUGUGCAGCAAGGAGAGUCAUGUUCUAUCCAAUAGUGCAUGUUUCGGUUCCCACCUGUAUUUCCAUUUGUGGCCUGUUGCCUUACGUGCAAUUGGUAAGGUUCAACACCGACUAGCAUGUCCACUUCAAAUUGGGAGCUUAGUUGGUCUAACCUGAGUGACUAGUACCUAUGUAAAUGCAUGAACCAGCAUGGAGUAUUUCAUUUGGCACUUCAUGUACCGGGGAUUUA